UGAGGAUGAAUCAUAUGUGACAACUACUGUCACCCGGCAACAGGUUUGAGGGCUCCACAUGAGGACUCGACCGCUCCUGGUCGGCACAGGGGUGGAUAUUAGCUUGUUUGAUAGCCCAGAUUAAGCUCAGUGGAUUUAAGGAGCAAACAACCUGCUUUUCAUUGUGUGAACAGGAGGAGCAAGGACCACCAGCAACAUGAGAGCCUUCCAGUUUUGUCUGCUGCUCCUGCUUUUUGCAUUUCUGAUGACAACAAACUGUGAGGCUUUGAAGUGCUACACCUGUAUGGGUUCCAAUAACGACGACUGCAACAGACAAGGCUCCAAAUCCUGCCCCCCCUUCUCUGACGCCUGCGCUGUGGUGGUAGGCCAUGACAGUGGAGUGAUGAAGUCAUGUUCCUACAAGUCUUUCUGCAGCCAGGCUAACAGCCCGGGCUACAGAUCACCAGGUGUCAAUGUUCACUGCUGCUACAGUGAUGACUGCAAUGUCACAAGCGUCGCCCCCCGGCUGCCUGGACUCAGCUCUUUGCUGCUGUUUCUUCUGCUUUUGCUGCACUGAUGGCAAGCAGCUCAGCUUUAAUGAUGCCAACGACAACGUGGAUCCAUCCAGCACAGAAAUGCCAACUACUAUGCCAAAUACAGCUGCCUCUUUCCACACGACAUGCCAUCUUUACUAACUGUAACGCCACAUAACUUAACUCACUCAUCCGACCACAAACAUAGACAACAGGGCGAAUGCUCUAUGCACCAUAUUGGACUGAAUCCACAUUAGAAGUACUCAACUGGAAGCAUCUUGCAAUGCAUUUUAGUAUUGACUAAUCAGGAAAAGAUCCAACGGGAAGUGCUGGAAUAACUUACUGUUUUUGUUGUAUUUAAAGGGAAUUAAUGCAGUUUGAGUUCUUCAGAUUUUUAUUCUAGCUCGGUGAACCACACAGUUUGCAAAAACUAGACAAUCUCUUUUAGUUUUUACAAAUUAAACUUUAGGGAUGUGAUUUCCUGCAUGUAUACACCUAUGCAUAUGAAAACGGUUGACGCUGAAGCAGAUGUUUCUGCGGCUUAAUGUGGAACCGAGAGCUCUGCCAGCCACUGUGCUACAUCAUUAGCCUCCUUCUUGUCAAUCACCUAAAUGAGUUGUGUGAGAUCCUUCAGGAAGAAGUGACGGUGAGAAAAUGUUUCUCACGCUCUGGAAAUUCACAUAAUCUUUUUACAUGCCUGUGGACAGGUGUCUUACUCUGAUGAGGUUAAUCCACUGCGUUGAAAGUCACUUAAAGUAUUACUGACUUCAUAAAAAGAGUCUGAGCAAACCUCAUUUCAGGAUGGCUCAUGGGAACAGUUAGAGUAUAAGAAGUAUCUGACUAUAAAUAUUACUAGACAUUAUAAGGAGGUGACUCCCCACAGCAUAUUGUCAUUAUAUUUUAAACUAUUUAAACCUGUUAAUUAUUGCAGGACCUCAUGUUGUGAGGUGCAUUACAUAAAAAGCCUGACACUGUUUGUGUCUUCAUACAUAUUUAGUUUUUAUCUGAUUUAAAUGUUUAACUGGGAAGAUAAACUUAUAAAAUGUUAUGAAAGAAUGGAGCUUAGCCUUGGCUAUUGCUGAAUAAUCAGUGUGUGUAUUCCUGCAUUAUUCAGUUGACCUGGUACAUGUUUUAUUAUGAUGAUUUCUUUUCUUACAAUUAAAAUAUUAAAGAAAUGUGAGGAUGUUUAUCUUCUCUGAAAUGUAUACUGUAUGUUGCAUGUAAAUAUGUUCCAGUACUGAGUGGCACAUAUAAACUAACAGUGGGUGUAAAUAUGAAUUCAUCACAAUGCAGUCCAUAAAAGUAAAUUCAGAACUGUUUAAAUGGUUUAAAUGUACAAUAUAUACGUGUGUGUGUACUUCUUGAACACUAACGCCCUGCACGCCCGCUCGUGUAGUUCUCCAAGCCUCCACAGUGGGGCAGCCUAGCUACAUACGUGUCUCUUGCAAGGGUGUGCAUCAAAUUAAGGAGAUUGCUGUAAAUCAGUGCAGCAGAGAAGUGUGGGAGUUAACGUGGUCGUCACACACCGAGAAGCUUUCCGGCCUUCCUGUGUGGAGUUUCCAUGGUUUUCCUAUGUCUGUGUGGGUUUUUCUCCCAGUCCUCAAGCUUCCUCCCACAGCCAACUUUAGGUUGAUGGCUCAUUUGUCUCGGUGUGGCCCUGUGAUGGACUGGAUGUACCCGCCUCUCGCCCUCGUGUGACCCUCCUGAAAACAUGUAUAAUGGAACUAUGGAUAUUGCGUAUUGUAUUGACACCCUAUACCUC